AGAGGGGGAUGCCACCUUGAAGGCCAAGAAGGGCAACUUGUAGGGGCUAUAGAGCCUGGAAGGUACCAUGGGGAAGUGUUAGUGAGAUCUGAGCUGGGGCCCUAAGAAAGGUCAGAUGUAUACAGGGAGAUUCCUCCCAAAGUCACUGAGUGUGUGUAUAUUAGGGUGUGCACCCCUCUCUCCCAACUCCUGAUGCUUCCCCAUAUCCCUAGUUGCAGCCUUCAGUCCUCCAAGCACACUUGUGCGCACCCAUGCACCCUGCACAAGGGCAGAAACAUACAAGCAAGGGUGCACCUGCAGACAGGUCCCCUGUAGAUAUGCUUACAUUGGGACAAGCACAUACAGGUGAGCACACAAAGAUGCACAUAUAUACACAGCACCCAGUGAUGAGGCUUCCUGAAAGGCACAUGUACCCUAAUCUCCUUGUCCUUAUAUAUUGUGUGCUAUUUCCUAGCUCACCUACGUACCCAUACUUCUAGAUCCAGGGCUCACUGCUUGUUACUGUCCCCUUCUGUUCCACUCUUUUUUCCCCUUUCCUGGCUGGCCUCCAAGUAAGGCCUGAUGAAUUGAGGGGAUAAGUCAGUAUCCUAGCAGAGAGUUUGUGUGUGUGUGUGAUGGAGAGAAGGUUCCUCAAGCUAGACAUGAAGGAGGAAGGGUGGAAAACCAGGGCCCACCAUGAGAAAUCAAACUCAAUAUUCAAUUACUACAUUGCCUCUGGGUGCCAGCAUCUUGGUAGACACCUAAGAUGCAAAUAGAAUGAGACAUAGGCUCUGCCCUCAGGAGCACCCAGUCUAGUAGGAAGCCAAAGAUAUAAAAAAUUCACUGGGCCAACUGUAGGACAGAAUGUGCCAAGAAGUACUUUAAUAGAGAGGCCUCAGGAGAAUACCAAAAAUCGUUUCUUUUGACGAAUGGCUGGGCCUUCAAAUGACUUCCUCCCUGUGCCCGUCCCACAUCUGCUAUCUCCAUCUUCUCCCCAGUUACAUGCCUCUACCCUUCUGAAUACUUCCUCCUGGACUGCCUUCUGCUCAGGGACCCCAGCUCUCUCUCUUCUAUCCUGGAACAGAGGGAAGGAUGUGAGAGUGCAAGAGGGAGAAUCACAAGGGAGCUAGGGACCAGAACCUGGGGAAUGAGACAGGGCUUGGGAUUCCCUGAGUGCCUCCCACGAAAGGAGAUGUAUUAGGCUUGUUAUGAGGGUACACAUAAGACUGAAAAAAUUGGAAUAUGUAAGGGCUCCACCUGUAAAGUGGGGAGGUAAUGUCAGUGAGUCCUCUUUCUUUCCUGGAACAUCUGGAAGAGGUCUAGGCUGGGGACCUGCCUUCACUGAUGCCUGUCUGUCCUUCCCUGUCUUCCCCAUCCACACUUUCUCCUGUGUCAUUACCAUCUUUGUGUCUGUCUUUGGACUCUGUUUCUCUGGGUGCCAUCUCAUCCAUCUGUGUCUUCUUUGCUGCCUGGGCCUGUCUCUCUGGCUCUGAUUCUUCUCUGCCACUUGGGGUUUCUCUCUCUCUGUACUUUACUGUAUUGGCAUUUUGGUCCUCUUUCCUGUCCUUAUGGCUUUCUCUGUGUUCCUUCUGUUUUUAUCUCGUCUUUGGCUCUCGUUUUGGUCUUUCCUUUUCUCUCCAUAUCCCUGUGUCUCUGCUCGUCAUCUAUGGUACUGGUUUCUGCCCUUCCACCCUUGCAUCCAUCUCUGUGAUGGGUCCUGCUCACUGUCUCACUUCCCACUCAUCUUGGCUCCUCCCCUGCCCAUCUGAGCAGCAGCGUCCCAUCCAGCCCUCUUUCACCAAGUCCCUCUGCCGUGAGUCCCACUGGAAGUGCCUCCUGCUCUCACUGCUCAUGUACGGCUGCCUAGGGGCAGUGGCCUGGUGCCAUGUCACCACAGUGACGCGCCUCACCUUCAGCAGCGCCUACCAGGGCAACAGCCUCAUGUACCAUGACAGCCCCUGCUCCAAUGGCUAUGUCUACAUCCCCCUGGCCUUCCUGCUCAUGUUGUACGCCGUCUACCUGGUGGAGUGUUGGCACUGCCAAGCCCGCCAUGAGCUGCAGCACCGUGUGGAUGUGAGCAGCGUGCGGGAGCGUGUGGGCCGCAUGCAGCAGGCCACGCCCUGCAUCUGGUGGAAGGCCAUCAGCUACCACUAUGUCCGUCGGACCCGCCAGGUCACCAGAUACCGCAAUGGAGACGCCUACACCACCACCCAGGUCUACCAUGAGCGCGUCAACACGCACGUGGCGGAGGCCGAAUUUGACUACGCGCGCUGUGGGGUCCGCGACGUAUCCAAGGCGCUAGUGGGGCUGGAGGGCGCGCCGGCCACGCGGCUGCGCUUCACCAAGUGCUUCAGCUUCGCCAGCGUGGAGGCCGAGAACGCGUACCUCUGCCAGCGCGCGCGCUUCUUCGCGGAGAAUGAAGGCCUGGAUGACUACAUGGAGGCACGCGAAGGCAUGCACCUCAAGAACGUGGACUUCCGCGAGUUCAUGGUGGCUUUCCCGGACCCGACGAGGCCGCCGUGGUACGCCUGCUCGUCAGCCUUCUGGGCCGCCGCGCUGCUCACGCUGUCGUGGCCGCUCCGCGUGCUGGCCGAGUACCGAACGGCCUACGCGCACUACCACGUGGAGAAGCUCUUCGGCCUGGAAGGCCCGGGCUCGGCGAGUAGCGCGGGAGGCGGCCUAAGCCCCAGCGACGAGCUGCUGCCCCCACUCACCCACCGCCUGCCGCGGGUCAACACGGUGGACAGUACAGAGCUCGAGUGGCACAUCCGCUCCAACCAGCAGCUGGUGCCCAGCUACUCGGAGGCGGUGCUCAUGGAUCUGGCGGGCCUGGGGUCGCGCUGCGGUGGGGCAACAGGCGCUGGCUACGCGCCCACGUGUCGCUACGGCGGGGUGGGCGGCCCGGGCGCGGCGGGAGUGGCCCCGUACAGGCGCAGCUGCGAGCACUGCCAGCGCGCGGUCAGCAGCUCGUCCAUCUUCUCGCGCAGCGCCCUGAGCAUCUGCGCCAGUCCGCGGGCCGGCCCGGGGCCGGGAGGAGGCGCCGGCUGCGGGGGCAGCCGCUUUUCGCUCGGCCGGCUCUAUGGCUCCCGGCGCAGCUGCCUCUGGCGCAGCCGGAGCGGAAGCGUCAACGAGGCGAGCUGCCCCACGGAGCAGACGCGGCUUUCGAGCCAGGCCAGCAUGGGAGACGACGAGGACGACGACGGCGAGGAGGAGGCUGGGCCGCCGCCGCCCUACCACGACGCCCUCUACUUCCCGGUCCUUAUUGUUCACCGGCAAGAGGGGUGUCUGGGCCACAGCCACCGGCCGCUGCACCGCCACGGCUCCUGUGUAGAGACCUCACUGUGACCUCCAGCCCCUGGAGAGGUCCACGC